GCCCUCUCUGUCUGUUUGGUUGAUGAGAAAAUGCGAGAAAGCUAUCAACUUUAUGAUUCGGGCGAUUCGUAUCUUCGUCUAUCGGUGGCUGGGGAAGGUAAAUUCAGAGAAGGCUUAGGCUUUGCCAUGGGAGAGGAGCCGUCUCACCUCAAAUCACCAGUUCUGCUGGAGUUGUCAGCCUGCAAUGAUCUCAGCGGCUUCGUGUCCCUACUCGAGCAAGAGGGUCUCCACAACAUUGAACGGUCGAGUUUGUGGUAUGGUCGGAGAAUCGGAUCAAGGAAGAUGGGGUUUGAGGAGAGAACGCCCCUCAUGAUUGCUGCCUUGUUCGGAAGCAAAGAGAUCGUGGCGUAUAUCAUCAGAAGCGGUCGUGUAGAUGUAAACCGCUCUUGCGGCUCUGAUGGAGCUACUGCUCUUCACUGUGCGGUCGCUGGUUUCUCUUCAAACAGCCCUGAGGUGGUCAAUCUUCUGCUCAAGGCUUGUGCAGACCCUAAUUCUUAUGAUGCCAACGGUUACAAGCCGGUUGACGUGAUUUUCCCGUCUUUAAGCCCUGUUUUCAGUUUGAGGAAGAAGAUUCUUGAACGUUUGUUGAAUGGGGAUCAUGAUUUGAUUGAGCUGGAGGACCUACAGGAACAAAGGGAGGCUUCAGUUUCGUCUCCACGGCCAUCUGAGAAGAAGGAGUAUCCGGUCGAUCCCACUCUUCCCGACAUCAAGAACGGUAUAUACGGUACAGAUGAGUUUCGUAUGUACGCAUUCAAGAUCAAGCCGUGUUCCAGAGCUUAUUCUCAUGACUGGACGGAAUGCCCCUUUGUUCAUCCGGGUGAGAAUGCAAGGAGGCGUGAUCCGAGGAAGUACCAUUACAGCUGCGUCCCUUGUCCUGAAUUCCGUAAAGGGUCUUGUUCCAGAGGUGAUUCCUGUGAGUAUGCCCAUGGGAUCUUCGAGUGCUGGCUUCAUCCUGCUCAGUACCGGACUCGUCUCUGCAAAGAUGAGAUGAAUUGCACGAGGCGGGUCUGUUUCUUUGCUCACAAGCCUGAAGAGUUACGGCCUCUGUACCCAUCCACAGGCUCGGGCCUUCCUUCCCCGAGAUCAUCCUUCUCAUCCUGUAAUUCUUCAUCCUCCUUUGACAUUGGACCGAUCUCCCCUCUUGGCCUUGGUUCAUUAACGACUCCUCCGUUGAGCCCUAACUCUGUUUCCUCUCCGAUUAGCGGAAAAACAUGGAUGAACUGGCCUACCAACAUUCCCCCUACAUUGUAUCUGCCUGGUAGCAGAUUGAAAUCAACAAUUAGCGCGAGAGAAAUCGAUUUUACCGAUGAUAUUCCGGGUCUUUCCUCUCCAACUGGCUGGAAGCCGACUCCCGUGUCCUCUGCCUCAUCGUUCUCGGGUGAUAUAAUCGCAAAGAGCUUGAACAAGCUUGCUGGAGGAAUAAACCAGACAAGCCUGAACGACAUGUUUGGUCCUGAUGACAGCUCGGGCUUGCAGAUCAGACGCAACGCCAUUAACUCGCAUAUGCAUUCCAGUUACACCACAUCAAACAGCCUUGCAUCGUCUCCCAUCGGGGCAAAGUCUUCAUUUCCGAUGGAUUCACCCACCGUCAUGACAUCAAGAGCGGCGGCAUUUGCCAAAAAAAGCCAAAGCUUUGUGGAACGCAGCAAUGGCCAGAGCCGUCAUUCUGCUAUUUCAUCAGUGACAUCAUCAACCUGCAUGGACGAUUGGGGCUCACCGGAUGGAAAACUGGACUGGGGCGUCCAUGGGGACGAGCUGCACAAGUUCAGAAGAUCUGCUUCUUUUGGCUUCAGGGUGGGUGGUGGAACCAGACAGCUGGUCGAGCCAGUUGGUCUGGACGAGCCUGACGUGUCAUGGGUGGAUCCCCUUGUGAAAGAACCCUCGGAAACAAGGCUUGGUUCGGUCUGGACGGAGCAGUCAUUCAUGGAGGCAGAACAGACCGUGGCAUGAAUUCGUCAGCACUUAACUUCAUUAACCGUUUUCUUACACCCUUUGGUUCACAAGCUGAAUCUGCAGACAACUAGAAGCAGAGACGAGGAGAGGGGUCCAAGAACACUCAAGGUGGAAGCUAAUCUGCUUACUUACAUUGUUCAACGUUUAUCAUUUUCUUAGAACAAGAGAGAGAGAGAGAGAGAGAAUUGCCAUGUCUCUGUUGAUAGAAGAACAGAGUGAGGGGGGCAAAAGGUUAUGACCAAAACCUUUGAAUCACCUUCUCCUUAGAUUCUUUAGAAUUCAGCUGAGUUAUUGAUUUAUUUUUUCUCCCCUUAAUGGGAAAAACUGCCAUGUAAUGUGUAAAAAAAAAAAAGAAACAAAGUUGUGUGUUAUAUAAACCGGUCUUGGAUGAUGAAUCCAUCUCUGUUUUCAGUGUUCUCUGUA